CUCAAGCAGCAGCUGCUGGAUCUCAGCCGCCGUCACGUCUCUGGACCGGAGUGGAGACGGCGUCAUACCUAUAAGAACAGCGAUGUUACAAUAACAUUUUAAAUAUAUAUUUAUAUAUAUAUAUAUAUAUAUAUAUAUAUAUAUAUAUAUAGGCUAAUUCAUACAGAUGAAUGCAGUUGCAAAUGUAGAUUGCGGAAGAAAAUAGCAGGAAUACUUUUUUUUGGAUAUGAAAAGCUACGCUCCAUAAACUUCCAACAGGAUGGGCAAAUGGGAAUUAACGAUGAAUCCGGUUCAGCCGUGGGGCGAGGAGCAGGAGGAGGGCGUGGUCUACAGCGUCACCCUCCACCGAGAGCCUGUGGCCCCGCCCCCCGCCCAGUGCCCCGAGUCCCCGGGCCCAGGCCACGCCUUCGUCCAGUACCGCACCUGUAAGGUGCGCCGGCUGACGGCUGCCACCCUGGAGCGCCUGGUGGACCACCUGCUGGACCCCCAGGGGGCGGAGCCAGGCUUCAGCCGCGUCUUCCUGUCCACGUACCGCACCUUCACCGCCCCGGAAACCCUGAUAGAGGCGCUGUUCCACAGGGAGAACGCGACCUCUGACCUGGACAACAGCGACUGCAGUAACAGCCCCCUGCUGUCUCUGGUCCAGGUGUGGCUGGAUGAGUACAGUGAGGACCUGCGGGACCCCCCCCAGGGCCACGCGGCCCUCCACCUGCUGCUGGACCACCUGGGGGUCAGCGGGGCGGUCAGCGGCCACGCCCGCUGUCAGCCCAACUUUUGCUCCCUGGCUGGCCAGGCCGAGGCCCUGCUCCGGGGCUUCCAGAGAGACGAGGCGAGCGGGGGCUCGGUGCAGCCGCAGGCGGAGCGGGAUGGGGAGAGUUCUGCGGAGGAGGGGUCUGAGGGCGAGGGUUCCCACGGCGACCAGGCGGACAUCAUGGACUUCUCCGCCCCCUCGGUUGCAGAGCAGCUCACCAGGAUGGACUCGGAGCUCUUCGUGCGGGUGGUGCCGUACCAGUGCCUGGGCUGCGUCUGGUCCCAGCGCGACAAGAAGGACAACAUGUCGCCCACCAUCCGGGCCACCAUCGCCCAGUUCAACACCGUCACCAACCGCGUCAUCGGCUCCCUGCUGUGUGUCUCCGGGGGCCCCCAGGGGCCCGGCAUCCGCGGGGCGCCCCCCGCCGCCCUGCUCAGGGCCCGCGUCGUCGAGAAGUGGAUCAAAGUGGCCCAGGAGUGUCGCAGGCUGAAGAACUUCUCGUCUCUCCGGGCCAUCCUGUCGGCCCUGCAGUCCAACGCCGUCUACAGGCUGAGGAAGACCUGGUCCCUGGUCAACCGGGAGAACAUGACCGUCUUCGAGAACCUCUGUGAAACCUUUCCAGAUGAGAACUACGUUCUGGCCAACAGAGAAAUCCUGCUGGAGGACGGAGGACAGCCGAUGGACUCUCUCUGUCCUGAGACGGCCAGGCGCUUCCCCAGGAAGCUGAGCACCUCCUGCGGGGCGGUGCCCUACCUGGGGACCUACCUGACGGUGCUGACCAUGCUAGACACCGCCUUCCCGGACACCGUCCAGGAGGGGCUCAUCAACUUUGAGAAGAGAAGGAGGGAGUUUGAGAUCCUGUCCCAGAUCCGCCUGCUGCAGGCCGCCUGCUCCCAGUACAGCCUGCCCAACCACCCCAGGAUCAGUGCCUGGCUGCUUGGGCACCGGCUGCUCAGCGACCUGGAGAGCGAUGAGCUGUCUAGGCUGCUGGAACCCCCAGCGGACCUGUGCACCCCCGGGCCCCGCAGCACCCGCAGCCUGACCAAGAAGCUCUCCUUCUUCCGGUCGUCGAGCGACGUGACCAAGAAGGUCCUGUCGGACCAGAUCAGCGUUUCCUCGUCAGGAUCCAGUGGAUCCGAGAUGGAGGAUCUGUCAGGGCCGGACUCAGCCUGCUCCAUCCGUCUGCAGUCCUUCUCCAAGUCCUGCAGCAACGUCUCCGAGGUCUUCUCGUCUCCGCCCUCCUCCUUCUGCUCCUCCCCGGACUCCGCCGCCCUCUCCUGCUCCUCCCCCUCCUCCUCUCGAGGCUCCCAGCCGGAUCUCGGCUCUGCCUUCUCCUCGGCGGCCACGCCCCUUGAAGGAGGAGCUCCGGCCCCCCAGCACAAGCGCUCGGUGUCCAUGACGGCGCUGCCGCUGUACAACCAGCAGGUGGCGGACUCCUGCAUCAUCAGGGUCAGCGUGGACCUGGGGGCCCACAACGGGAACCUCUACAAGAGCAUCCUGCUGACCAGCCAGGACAAGACGGCCCAGGUGGUCCAGCGGGCCUUGGAGAAGCACCACCUGGAGCACAUGAGCUCCCAGGACUUCCAUCUCUCCCAGCUCAUCUCCCAGGACCGAGAGCUCCUCGUCCCGGACAAAGCCAACGUCUUCUACGCCAUGUCCACCGCCGCCAACUUCGACUUCGUGCUGCGCCGCGUCGCAGAGAACACCAAGGCGCCGCUGCGGGCCACGACCAGCCUGGGCCGCCGCACCAAGUAGCACCGAGACCGAGUAGCACCGUCAGCCUGCCGCCCGCCAAGUCCCUACGCCCAGGGAGACUGGUACUACAGACCGCCAGAAGGAAACUCUGGAGGAGCAUAUCAGUGUGUGUGUGUGUGUGUGCGUGAGAUUUGGUCUAUUAUUACACGCAGGGAAGAAGACUCAAGUAUGUUGUGCACUCCUAGAAGGUCUGGGCCUUGCAGAUUAAAUGGUAAAUCAUAAAUGGACUGCAUUUAUACAGCACUUUUCUAACCAGUGGCCACUUUAAGCGCUUUACAAUACUGCCUCACAUUCACCCAUUCAUGCAAACAUUCACACACCGACGGCGGAGUCAGCCAUGCAGGGCGACAGCCAGCUCGUCAGGAGAGGUCAGGGAGAGUCGUCUUGCUCAGGGACGCCUCGACCCUCGAGGAGGAGUCAGGGUUCGCACUUGCAACCUUCCGGUUACCAACCCGCUCUACCUCCUGAGCCACAUGCCGCCCCAGAUUACGGAGAUGGAUGAAGGAAAACCAGGUUGCUCUUAAAACGACUCAAAGGAACCUUUAAGACGAGUGACCCACCACCACACAGACACGAGAACCUUUUGUGUUCAAACCUGGAAUGAGUUGCUCUGAAUUCCACGAGGAAGGAAUGUUUUGUGUGACACGGCAAUGUUGAUUUCCUUGGAGAACACAUUCCUCGACCGUAACACGCAGACUUGUCAGGUGUUUCAGAAUGGUCCCAUAGAUGAUGCAUGUGAUGCAAUAAAUUCCCACUUGAGAUAUGAAGAAAUGGCCAUGCCCACCACCUGACAGAAAUGUGCCCCACCCAACGCCCCGCUCACCAGAUCCCCCACCAGAUCCCCCCACAUGCAGAACCCUCUGGCCUAUUUGGAAAUAACCAUUGGCAACUGAACAUUGGCAAAUAAACAUUGAGCAGAACCAGUCUUCCCCUCCGUUUAAUAGGCCACACAUGAGCAAACACAGGUCAGAAACAAAGGUGAGGUUUCAUAUCUGAUCCACCACGGGCGCGAAGCCAGCCGCAGUCACACGAGAGCGGCGUUCCUCGGAGUAUCGGCCGGCGUCUCCGUGUCACAGAGGCUGAUCCGAUCAGAUGUAAUGCGGGGCGAUGCUCCGGCGUCCAGACUGGACCGGGAGCAUUCCUCACCGCAGCGUCACGCGUCAGAGAAGAUCACCACUCACCAUAGCGUUGUGCGUCACUAGAAGUUCCAUGAAGUCAAAUGUGAUGUAGAAGAUAUUCCUUUUGGAAAACGAACUACGUACAAUAUAUAACAUUUCACAAUUUCUGUUUGUUGUCAAACCGUCCAUGCGGACUAUCUGUCCCCCUGUGGGGAUUGGUCAACAAGAGGCAGGGAAAGCUGUGUGAUUCUCCGGUACCAAAGACAGACAUUGUGUGGACUGGUAGACUGGAGAGUUUGAUAGAAAAUGUGCAACAGCUGAUCUGAGAUACAGUAUGAUAGUUGGUUGGUCUGCAGUUGGAACAGGGCUGCCCUGUGAUGCCAAGAGCUUGUUCAACACAGUGCAAUAGUAGGAGUUCAAGCCAAAAUGUAGAGUAUGUAGGCUACUUGACCUUCACAAGUACAAAGCAAUUGAGACUUAUGUCUGUCUACUUGAGGAUUGUGAACAGCCAAAAAGCUGUCUGUUUGAUCUGCGUCAGCUUACUUGAAUGAUAGUAGGCUAUGUAGGCUAUGUGGUUUGGAUUUGUAAUAAAUGUUAUGUAAUUAUGAAUAUUUUAUUUUUAUGCUUCGGCAGCUUCACUCCCUCACAAGAAAUGUAAUAAACACAAACUUUUCAAAAUGACAAAUCCGUUUGCCUUUCUUUAUAGGCCUAUCAUGCAAAAUCUAGAAGGCCUGCACGACUUUAGCCGUUGAAUUACAAUAGUAAUAUUAAAUGAUCUAUAACAAAUGUACUGUAAUAAUGGCUGUGAUAUGUCUUCAGACAGAGAUUAUGGAACAUGCUAAGUGGAAGUGGCUUCUUCGUCAACAAUGAUACAGCCAGUAUGUGUCUCUCUGAAAUUUCAGUACCAGGUUGGAGAUAGUGUCAGGGUUUUGGCCUUUGUGUCAUGAUUACAUUUUUUUAAAAAUGACAUUUGGUUGCUCAGCAAAUGAAUAAGAUUUAUAAUUAUUUUAAUUUCAGACAAACAUAUGCCCAUCAUUCUGGGCUAUAAAAGCAACUCCAAGGUAUACCCUUUAUUUAUCAAAGAGCUUUUUCUGAAAAGGGCUCGGCUUUUAAGGACGGGAAGCAAAUAGUAUAAUCCAAGUUCAACCAGUUCAUUUGUCUUGCUUCCAUGGCUGCAGCAGGCUGUGUUUGUUUGCCAAUUAGUGUCCAUACCUGGCAACCCGGGUGCUCAGAGAAUAGUGAAUCAUGAGGCACAGGCCGGAACUACAGCCAUCGUUCAUGGUAAUUUUAUGAUUUAGUAUGUUCCAUUUGUAACAUAUUACUCCUUAAAUGGUCAGUGUCAACGUCACGUAUAGUAUCUUUAACUAUCUCUUUGUCGU